GAAACCAUGAGCUUAAGUCAACAUUCACCAGCUGAGAAUGAAUACUUUUCUCAUUCUCUUAUGCUUGCUCUCUGAAGCGGUCUCUGCCAACGUCGUAGCUAGAGGAGACACCAGGGUUGACUUCAAUGGCGACGCAUCAUAUACCUGCACCCUUGCGGACCCGACAGGUGUGUUGCAAGUCACCUGGCAGAGGCUGUUCAAAGAUGACUCGGUGGAGAAUCUGGCCACCUACAGCAAGCGGUUUGGCGUUAAAAUCAUAGACCCGCACCGAGGCAAGGUGGUUUUCACGGAGGCAUCUCUCAACUCGACGUCCAUUACCGUGAAGAAUGUAACAUGGGCGGACGAAGCCUGCUAUAUUUGUUCCUUCAAUGUUUACCCGAGUGGAUCAAGACGCAAGCAGACGUGUCUUACAGUUCAAGGUGUAUCUGAAGUGAGAGCCACAAUGCAAAAAGUCCCCAGCACUGAACCUGACUCAGACAUGGAAGUUGUGGUCAGCUGCUCUGCCACAGGUAAACCAGCACCUUGGAUCCAAUGGAACAUUUCUGCAGCAGCACUCAUAAAGACACCUAACAACUGGACUGUCAUUAACAAAGACCAAACUGUCACAGCCAUUAGCAACAUCACCCUCCAACUGUUGCCAGGCUCAGGGGGAUACGUGGACUGUAUCAUAAACAAUGGGAUGAGGACACAGAGACACGAGCGGGUCCUGCUUCCUAUUCUCCCUGGAGAGAGGGAGGUUGAAGAGGAUGACAAGAGGACAUCCCCGUGGGCUGUUGCCAUUCCAGUAUUCCUAAUCAUUUCCCUUUUAGUCAUCUUUGGCUGUGUCGAGCUUCAAAAGAAAAAAGCGGUGAACCCCCAGAACACUCCUCUGCCCCAAUGUCAUUUCCAGCGCCCUCCGAAGAAGCAGCCCCCUCCCCAGGCUCAGGUUGCGCUAGAGUCUCCUCGUUAG